UACCGGGGCACAAUGGGACGGUGCCGGCGCUGCUGGCCACGUGGGCUCCGUGGCUCGGUGCCACCAGCCCCGGACCGCCGGCUGGGCGGCGGGGACACAGCUCCCGGCUGCAGGGCAGCAGCUCAGCUCAUCCCCGCAGCUCAUCCCCGCAGCAGCUCAUCCCCGCAGCACCUCAUCCCCGCAGCAGCUCAUCCCCGCCGCCCAUCGCCGCUGCCCGGCUCCUGCCGGCCCCUCGUGUCCGGCGAGCCCUCAGCUGCCGCUUUCUCUCCCGCAGGAGCCCCGCCGAGCCGGGAGUGUCCCAUGGAGCACGGGGGAGGCGCGGGCGGUGCCCACACCGGGGGCACCGGGGGCACCGGGGGCACGGCCCCCCCCGAAACCCAGGGCAGCGCAGCGGCUGCAGCCCCCCAGGCUGCCCAGCCCCCGGGGGGGACAGCGCCGGCCGCCACCGUGGCACCGGACACGGGCACGGAUGAGCCUGGGCAGGACAAGGCUGGAGGAGGGAGGACAGAGCCGGGGCAGGAGACAGCCCUGGCUGCUGCAGAGCUGCAGGAUGGACGGGAAGCAGCUCCAGGAGAGGAGGCUUCGGCUGUGCAGAGUGAUGGAGGACAGGCAGCAUCCCCCGAGGAGAAGGUGACAGCUGCCACUGAGGCCCAGGGUGUAGGGAAGGAGGAGAAAGAGAAGCCUGGGAAGAAGAAAGAUCCAGCUGCAGGGGAGGUCAAAGGAGGAAAGGCUUCGGCUGCUGCAAAGGCUAAGGAUGGAGGGAAGGAUGAGCCCCUGGAGGGGAAUGGCCUGGCUGUAACUGAGGCACAGGAUGGAGGAAAGGACAAGCCCAAGAAGGAGGAAGCACCUGGUGGGUCAGGGGCUGAGAGUGGUGGAAAAGCAGAGCCCGCUGAGGAGAAGGCUCUGGCUGCAGCAAACUCUGAAGGAGGGAAGGCAAAACCUGUGGAAGAGACAGCCUUGGCUGCAGCUCAGGCUCAGGAUGGAGGCAAAGGUGAGCCUGUAAAGGAGAAAAUCACAGUGGUUGCAAAACAGGAGGUCCCAGCCACUGCUAAAGCUCUGGAUGAAGGGAAGCAAGAUGCAAAGACAGAACAAGCCCCAGGUGCCAAGCCUGCAAAGGAGAAAACCACAGCUGCUGCAAAGGAGAAGGCCCCAAGUGCUGCAAAGGCUCAGAAUGGGAAGAAUAAAGUGGUAAAGGCAGAAAAAGCCCCAGCAGUUAAAAAGGCUCCAGAUGGAGGCAAAGAGGAGCCCCCAAAGGAGAAGCCUCCAGCUCCAGGGAAGGAGAAAGCCCCAGAUUCAGUGAAGGAGAAAGCUCCAGCUUCAGUGAAGGAGAAAGCCAUAAUUCCUGCAAAGGAGAAAGCCCCAGAUGCUGCUAAGGCUCAGGAUGGAGAGAAGACAGCAGCAAAGGCAGAGAAAACACCAGCUGAAAAAAUGGCUCAAAGUGGAGGCAAAAAAGAGCCUGAAAAGGAGAAGUCUCCAGCAGCUGAGAAGGUGCAGGAUGGAGGGAAGAAAACUGCAAAGGUGGAAAAACCCACAGUGGCAUCAAAGGCUGGGGAUGAAGGGAAAGAUUCUAAAAAGGAGAAGGUCCCGGCCACUGCAAAGGCUCAGGAUGGAGGGAAGAAAGCUGCAGAGGUGGAGCCUCCCAGACCUGGAGCAGAGGCCGGGGACGGGGCUGUGGAGCCCACGGAGGCAGCAGCCAUGGCUGCUGCGAAUGCUCAGGGUGAAGGGGAGGAAGUGUCCCAGGGGACAGAGGGACAGCCACCAACGGCGCCCGAGCCCCCGCGCCCGGCUCUGCUGCAGAGCCUGAGCUGCCCGGCUGCCUGCCACAGGCAGGAGCAGCCCUGGGCAGAGCUGGCAGAGAUGGAGACGAUAGAAGAGGAGACCACGAUGGUGGAGCCAAAAGAGGGUGUGACAGAGCCUGGCUCUGGCCCGCCAGCCCUGGGGGACCUGCAGCCCCUGGAGCCAACCAGCACCCCUCAGGAGAGGACAUUGCCCAGUGCCACAGGGCAGCCCCCGGAUCCUGCUGGGGUGGCAGAGCAGCCUGGACCUGGGGUGCAACCAUCUUUGACAGAGGCAAAGCCACCCCCCAGCCCCUACCUCACCCCUGAUUUUGGGAAGGAAGACCCUUUUGAGAUAUUGGACGAUGUCCCUCCGCCGCCCGCGCCCUUCGCUCACCGCACCGUCACCCUGCGCUCCGCCAGCGUCAGCCCCCAGUUCAGCCUCAGCUCCAAGGACAUCCUGGGGGGGGGCAAGUUUGGUGAAGUUCACACGUGCACAGAGAAGGAGACGGGGCUCAAGCUGGCGGCCAAAGUGAUCCGCAAGCAGGGAGCAAAGGACAAGGAGAUGGUGCUGCUGGAGAUCGAUGUGAUGAACCAGCUGAACCACCACAAUCUCAUCCAGCUCUACGAUGCCAUCGAAACGCCCCGGGAGAUCAUCCUCUUCAUGGAAUUCGUGGAGGGCGGCGAGCUCUUUGAGCGGAUCAUCGACGACGACUACCACCUGACAGAGGUGGACUGCAUGGUGUUUGUCCGGCAGAUCUGCGAGGGCAUCCGCUUCAUGCACCACAUGGGGGUGCUCCACCUCGACCUCAAGCCUGAGAACAUCCUCUGUGUCGCUGCCACCGGGCACAUGGUGAAGAUCAUCGACUUUGGGCUGGCUCGAAGGUACAAUCCCAAUGAGAAGCUGAAAGUGAACUUUGGCACCCCUGAAUUCCUCUCCCCCGAGGUGGUCAACUACGAGCAGGUCUCCUACUCCACGGACAUGUGGAGCAUGGGCGUCAUCACCUACAUGCUGCUCAGCGGCCUCUCCCCCUUCUUGGGUGAUGAUGACACCGAGACACUCAACAACGUCCUGGCUGCCAACUGGUACUUCGAUGAGGAGACCUUUGAGAGUGUCUCCAACGAGGCCAAGGACUUCGUCUCCAACCUCAUCAUCAAGGAUAAAAGUGCCCGGAUGAGUGCUGACCAGUGCCUGCAGCAUCCCUGGCUCAAUAACCUGGCAGAAAAGGCCAAACGCUCCAACCGGCGCCUCAAGUCCCAGGUGCUGCUCAAGAAAUACGUCAUGAGGCGGCGCUGGAAGAAAAAUUUCAUCGGGGUGUGCGCUGCCAACCGCUUCAGGAAGAUCACCAGCUCGGGGUCCCUGACAGCACUGGGCAUCUGAGCUGGGCUCCAGGGGAGCCGAGGCCAGAAAGAAGCCAUUGAGAGGGACCCCCACCUGUCUGGAGCAGCUGUGUCGAGCUGGUCCCACUGUGCCCAGGACCACAUCCCUGCUCAGUCUCAGACUGUGAGGCUGCUCCUGAGUGGAGGUCUCUGAUCUCAGCUCUGGCCCUGCCCUGGCUGCGUGAUGCCCGACCUGCAGCAUCUCUGCUCUGCUCACGCUUCCUUCUCGUGCCCUCGGGGAGGAGCAAAGCCAUUCCGGUGUGAUCCCGCUGCCUCGGCCACCUGGUGCUUGCUGCUUUCGGACUCAAAUGUGCCCUCUCUGCCUGUAAAUGCCGCAGCCGUGCCUGCCUUCACUGCCGCUGGCCCCUGCCCUGCCCGACCUCCCUUCCCAGCUCUGUGGCCGGCGAUGAUGCUGGAGGGCACCGCGGACCCUCAGCCCGGUGCUUUGGCACCGGAGCCGGGGCUCAAGCACCUCCUCCUGGGCAUGUGGGAGCGGAGCUGGCCCCGAGCUGCUGCUCGCACAGGAAGGGAGGAAGCAGCAAGCACGCUUCCAGCGGCCUCCCCAGCUGGGAGCCAACGAGGAAAGAAGGAGGCUUUGUCUUCUUCCUGCCCUCCCUGCCCUUCGGUUCUGCCAGCGGGGGAAAAACACAACCUCUGCUUCACCCGCGGCGGCAGAUCGCGAUGAGCGGGGCGGGCUAAUGCAGAGCAGCUGGUGCUCGCUCCCCCGACCACCAAGGCAGCGGAACUGCUGGAGCUGCUCCCCCGCGCCGUGCGGGGGCUCCGCGGCACCGGCUGCGCACCGGGGGCUGCCCCAGCUCCCGCGGCUCGUCCCCAUCCCCGUCCUCCCUGCCUGCGCCCCUUGGGCCUCCCCGGUGCUGCCGGGGAUGGGCACCCCCGGGGCUGGCAGCACCCAGCCUUGCAGGAGGGGAUGGCAGCUGGCAAGCAGUCCCCCAGCUUUGGCUUUUGCCAUGGCUAAGCCCCCCCAAGCCAAGGCUGUGCGUUUGCUCUGGAGCUGCCUCUGCCGUCUGUGCCUGCUGGAAAAACAUCGGGGAGAGACACGAGGAGACAUUGCUGCUCACCCCACGCUGGCUGCAGCAGGGGAAGGGGCUUCAGGCUUGUCCCCACCAGGCAGGAGCCACGGCUGCUGGGACCCUGCCUCAAAUUGGAGCUCUCCACAGCGCUCACCUUCUUGUAAAUAAAUGUACAGGUCUGCCACAGCCCACACCUGCCACGCUGGGGGCUGGGGAGGCCCUGCUCCCACCUGUGGGGCCUGACA